AUGGCUUCAAUCGUUCAACAACAACAACCAUCGCUUUCAACAAUAUCAAAUAUCGUAGAAAAUUCUACAGAAAGAUCAAUAUCAAACAAUGAUACUUUAAAUACUGAAGAAUCUCCAUCAUCACGAGAAAAUUUUCCAAAAGGAUUACGAGGUGGUGGUGCAAUUUUUGAUAUUUUGGCAUGUUUAUGUUUCUGCUGUGCUCUCGAAGAAUGUGGCAUUAUUUAA